AUGCGAAGCACGAGGUUCGCGUCACGGCAGGAAGAUGAAGAUCGUUGGUUAGAGGACAGAACGACGCCAUCAGACAGCGACUAUCAGAUCAUCGUCCGCAAGCCACCGCCAUCAGGCCACUGUUAUCAGGUCACCGUCAUCCGGUCACCGCCAUCUAGGCACCGCCAUCUGGACAUCGCCAUCCGGGCACCGCCAUCCGGGCACUGCCAUCCGGGCACCGCCAUCCGGGCACCGCCAUCCGGGCACCGCCAUCCGGGCACCGCCAUCCGGGCACCGCCAUCCGGGCACCGCCAUCCGGGCACCGCCAUCCGGGCACCGCCAUCCGGGCACCGCCAUCCGGGCACCGCCAUCCGGGCACCGCCAUCCGGGCACCGCCAUCCGGGCACCGCCAUCCGGGCACCGCCAUCCGGGCACCGCAAUCCGGGCACCGCCAUCCGGGCACCGCCAUCCGGGCACCGCCAUCCGGGCACCGUCAUCCGGUCACCGCCAUACGGCCACCGCCAUAGGGGUGCUUCCCUAAGGCUGCUACCAUACGGUAUUGGGCUGCCGCCAUCUGGUCCCCAACAUCCGGCUGUCAUUAACUGGCCGCCACCAUCUAGACAAUACCAAGCUCAUCAUAUUGGUUCGCAUAACAAAUAA